CACAGUGUUGCCUCAUGCUGUCACAAUGGAAAGUGGAGAGCUGCUGUUGAACAUUUUUUUGGAUUGGGAGAUAAUGAGCUCAAACACUUCCACUGGCACCUGCAGCAGGCUGACAACCAGGAGCGCCUUUUCAUCCCAAAAUGUCAACGGGAGAAGGCAGACAGGCUGGACACGGUAAAUCUAAUGAUGCAAACCUUCAGCACAUCUACUCGGUGGAUAAUCAAAGAUCAUGUUCCUGUUCCUGUUCAUAAGUUCCACUUAUGCCCUCCCAAAUGGCGACCUCUGUGGGUCAAGCUCAUCAACAGAAAAGACCUCCCCAAGAUCACUGAUCACACCAGAAUCUGCAGCAAUCAUUUUGUACUGGGCAAACCAAUUGGAAUACAGCCCCAUCCAUCCCUGUACAUGAGGGGCUAUUCAGACAAGGAUAGCCAGGAGGAUGAAGCUUCCAGUCAGUCCCCAGGACCCAGUGAGGAAGCCACCAGUCAAACUCCAGUCAGCCCAGUGUCAGGUGACCACAGCUACGGUGAUCAUCAUGACACUGUACCAAGUGUUGGGUUUGAGUAUGCUUCACAGCCAUUAACAUCCCAGUCACCAUACAAAUCAUCACCAUACAAAUCAUCAUCAUACAGCACCUCUGACCUGCGGGAGCAGUACAAUUAUUGUUUUAAGCCAGCAAGUGCCUGCACAUGUUCCUGUGUUUGUGAAAAGUGCCAGAUGAAAUCAAAGCAUGUUGUGCAGGAGAGAGAUGGAAUCUUAUUUGACAGAGACAUUCAGGAAGAACUGCUGCAUGAGAGAGAUGACUUUGAGAGAAUGUUAUCACAUGAGAAACAGUCAUUCCCAGUACUUUAUGAUAUUUCUGCCAUCAAGCAUUCAGAUGAAUUGAUGCGUCUGCACACAGGCAUAGAAAACUACGCCAUCUUCCAGUGGAUGUUUAAUGAGGUGCGGUCAAAACUGCCCUCAAUACAUUAUUUCAAAGGUGUGCAGUCUCAAAAAGUAAAGAGGUACCAGAUUGUUGCAGAAAAAAAGCCAGGGCCGCAGAGAAAAUUGUCCCAUGAGAAUGAACUUUUGUUAACUUUGAUGAAAUUGAAGCUCAAGUUGUCUCUCAAGUUUCUUGCCUAUCUUUUUAAAAUCUGCACCAGUGUUGUAUCUCAGAUUAUUUCUACAUGGCUGGCCCCUUCUCUAUUGGCCUACACAAGAGCAGAUACACCCUUACUACCCUGAGUGCUUCAAAAAGUACAAGUAUGUGCGUGCCAUCAUAGACUGCACUGAGAUACCCAUACAGAGGCCUUCACUGGCAAAAGCCAAUAGCCAGAUAUACUCACAAUACAAGGGAAGACCUACUGCUAAGGUUUUGGUGGCAUGUACACCAGCAGGAACGGUGUCUUUUGUAUCAAAAUCUGCAGGGGGAUGCAUGAGUGACAAGGAAAUUGUCAAGAGGUCAGGUAUCAUUGACAUGGUAGAAAGGGGUGAUAUCCUGCUUGCAGACAGAGGGUUCAACAUCCAAGAGCUACUUCUAGACAAAGGAUUGAGCCUUGUAAUCCCUCCAUUCUUGAAAUCCAAAAAGCAAUUUUCAGAUGCUGACGACAGGAGAACCAAACAAGUUGCUAAUGCUCGAAUACACAUUGAACGUGUUAUUGGCAGGAUUAAGGAUUUUGACAUCAUGAAAUCUGAACUCCCAUUAGACAUGUUUGAUAUUUUUGAUGACAUUGUUGUUGUUGUGGCAGCACUUAUUAACUUACAGCCACCCAUAAGAGAGAGAUAUUGGACUCGAGUACAAAUUUGACCAAGCAACCUUGUACCUUGAACUUGUAGUUGGGUAAUAUUUCCCUAAGAGUAUCUAUACUUUUACACAAUUACUGGACUGAGUACUUAA